CCCUCAAAUGUCCCAUCGAAUGACCUUAAGGCACCCCGCGCUCUAUUCCAGUCGCUAUAUAAUAAGCCCUCAAUUUUCCAGUCAUGUAACUUUUAUGGCAUUUCUAAAACUUGAAUAAAGGUAGAAUCUGGGUUACAUUUCCGUGGAUAAUACGUUUUCAAAUCUCUAGUGCGUCUGCUUUCUCGACAAAAACCAUGUCUAGGAUUAUCAUACCUAUGCGAGGAAUAGUAAGAAGGCAACCUGCAGAGAGAAGAUUAGCAACGGUUUUCCAACCAGCAAGGACAUUUGGAAAGGUUAUUUGGAAUACACGAACAUGGAUUACCCGCACUGGUUUCGGCCUGGGGUCUCCGAGAUUUUCCCAACCUGCGAGAGGUGUUGUAAACCGACCUUUGAGAUUAAAGAAGAUGCCAACCGACUACCCACUGUUGACUGGAUCAGAACACUGGAGACGAAAAAUUCGAACGGUUUUCCAGCGUAUGGAUGCCAACGCCGAUGGGUACAUGACCAAGAAAGACUUUGUGGUUACUGCUCAGGCCCUUAUUGAUUAUUUGGGCCUCACUGGCGAAAGAGCGGAGUGCAUCUUCAACAAACGCAUUCGCGUCUGGGAAGAAAUAGCUGGAGAUAAAACACGCAUCACCGUGGAUGAAUACUGUCAAGACCUUCUGUCAUACUUUAAUGAUAGACACUUCCGAGAAGAGUCGUACCACACUUUAAUUUGCACGGAGUUCAAUGCGAUUGAUAUCGAUGGUGAUGGGUUCAUAUUCAAGAAAGACCAUGAUGCUUAUUAUUACAGUCUUAACAUCCCAACUGAAUACUCCAAGGACGUCUUUGACGUAAUGGACACCAACAGAGAUGGUCUCGUUUCAAUUGACGAGUUUGCUGAAGGAUUUCUCGAGUUCUGGAUGACCGAAGAUCCCAAUAACAUCUACAACCAAAAGUAUGGGCCACUCGCUGAUUGAUUAGCGCCAUUAGUGAAAAAACAUUGUUAAUUUGA